GUACGCUAAAGAUAAUGUUCGCAACAAAUCCGUGAUGAGAGCGAAAUUCGUGCAAAAGGCGAUCAUGGCCUUGUUUCUAGGAUUUUUGUACUUUCAAACACCAACCGAUCAGGACGGUGUCACUAAUCUCAAAGGAAUUCUGUUCUUCUUUUGUUCCGAACUCACUUACCCGACAAUGUAUGGGAUUCAAACUUACAUGCCUGGAGAGUUUCCUCUUCUAGUCAGAGAAUACCAUAAUGGUGACUAUCCUGUAUUGGCAUACUACGCAGCUAAGGUACUCUCCUACAUGCCGAUAUUUUCUGUGGACGGAAUAAUUCUCACCAGCAUAGCGUACUGGUUAAUCGGUCUCGCUCCGACUCUUGAACGUUUCCUUCGCACUGUUAUCACCGGUGUUCUCGUUGAGACCAUGGUGGCUAGCCUAGGAGUUGCUGUCUGCUCGUUCUCUCCAUCGUACGCAGUCGCCGUCACAAUAACAGGACCCCUACUCACCGUCUAUUCAAUGACUGGUGGUCUUUUCACCAAUGUUGCUAUGCUUCCGGACUGGAUAAAAUGGGUGCAGUACUUAUCAUGGUUUCGCUUUGGUUACGAAGCCUUCAUCGUCAACGAGUGGACUUAUGAGAGAUAUACCAACAUAUCUUGCACCAUGACUAGCGGAAAGGUGGCUGAAUCGUGCCAGCAUUCUGGAGCGGAAGUGAUCAAGGAAUUGAGCUUUCAUCCUCUCAACCUCUACUUCAACUGGUUGUGUAUGGUACUAUACACAUUGGCGCACUACUCUAUCGGCUACAUCGCCCUCACCUAUCGCGUGCAGCAACAUCGAUGA